AUGAAUAGCAGCGGGAAAGAUAGAGUUGAAGAUGGUGAUGAACAAGGGUGGCUGAAUCUAAGCCUAGGAUCAAACGGCCUAGAAUCAGCCACCACGUCUAUGAUCAAGGUAUAUACAUGCAGCUUCUGCAAGAGAAAGUUUCACAAUUCACAAGCAUUAGGAGGUCAUCAGAAUGCUCACAGAAGGGAGAGAGAUGCAGCGAGAAAAUACCCUGCCUUCCAUUUUCACCAAUCAAUGGAAGUCCAUUCUUCCUGCUUGCUGCAGCUUGUGACACCACCUGGAAGAGGCGAUGGAUCAGAGACGACAACUAGUACUGUCGCAAGGUUUAUCAACCAUGGAUAUGGAGUCACUUCUGUUCAGAAUCAGCGGGAGAGAUCUUUGGAGGACUUCAAGUCAAAUACACUCGACUUGAAUCUUAAGCUGUAA